CUCAGUCCCUCCAGCCACGCAUACACUGGCAGAGCUGCUGACUGUGGUGGGUAGGACAGUAGCCCGUACAGCUGCCUGGGAUUUUUAAACUACUCCAUUAAAGUGUGGUAUCGGGGUGUGGACGAGAGUGACAGGCCACAAGUGUCAGACAACAAGACGAGCGGGAGCGAUAUUUGUUUUGUCAUUUUCUAACUGAGUACUUACAGAGGAGAGAGAGAGGAUGGAGACCAAACUCUGGACUGCCCUUUGUGCGCUGCUGCUGCUGCUCAUUAACUUGGGAUCCGCUGACCACAUAAAACGUGUUCUUGGUGCUGGGGCGGCUCCUGAGAACACAACUGCAGCUGCCGUACCUACUACUAGCCCGGUACCCACCAGACAUCCUGCACCAACACUAAAUGGCUCUGACACAAACCCAAGUUCCAGUGGCACCAGCAGUUUGAGCAGCAACACAACUACCUUCCAGACACCCGAACUAAAGAAAGAUAAUGACACCAGCACAGUCUCUCCCUCUGUGUCUGUUACUCCUGAAAACAAUGCAAACAAAACAAACAAUGCAAACAAAACAGAAGAGUCGUCAUCGUCGCAAAUUCUUCCUUCCGAGGGCCAGGCCACCACUUCUCACGUCCUCCCUACCACCACCACCACCACCACAAGCCCCUCACAAACAGCUCACAAUAUCCCCAUAGACACACAGCCCACCAACACAUCAAACCAUCCUACAUCGCUACCUCCGGACUCCACCCCACCCUCAAAGCAGCCCACCCACCCCACAGUACACUCAUCCACUACCACUGCCACCAUUCCCCCUACCAGCACCCAGUCCAAUUCAACGUCCAGCACCAGCUCCUCUCAAGAGCCCAACAAUUCUGAGUCGCACACACUCACAUCGCCACACACCUCACAGUCCGACGGACCGCAAGACCAACCAAAGUCCACCGUCACCCCGCCGAGCAGGACCUCCACCCAGGCCAAAGCCCAUGCUGAUACCCCCUCCCAGCUUAACGUGGGGGGUGACACGACGAUGGUCCACGAGUCUCCCACGUUAGACCCUCUUCUGGCUGGCCUGGUGUCAGCCUUCAUCAUCACUGCUGUCAUCGUCACUCUGCUCCUCUUCCUCAAACUGCGCCGAAGAGACAACCGACCGGAGUUCCGCAGGCUGCAGGAUUUACCUAUGGAUGAUAUGAUGGAGGACACACCUUUGUCGAUGUACAGCUACUGAUGGAGGCAUGACUGAAAUAUUUGGCGCCCAAACACUCUCCUUCAAUCCAGGCUCAUGCCGCAGCGUUCGCCAUAAUUUGCAAACAAAGAAUCCUGGGUAGGUGUGAGCAAAUUUCUGGCUUGCUUUCAUUUAUCCAGAUCACUGACAUGUAGGAAAGGGCAUGAUUGCAGCUGAAGUGGACAAUGAAGACAUCACCCAAGAUGGGGUCCCUUUGGAAAAAGUGUAUUUUGAUGCCUGUAAUUACAAAUUAGGUCAGCGCCUCUGUUCAAUACUGUAUGCUUAAUAUUUUCCAGCCCAGCUUUUGGGGUUGUGUAAUAUAUUUUGAUUUCCCUUGAGAUGAAAAGCAUAGGUGUGAAGCACAAGGCAUCGUCAGUUGUACCCAUCAGUGUGAUGGCAUUUACACCUGGACACAGAUUCGGCCUGUCCUCCCAGACUCUGGUUUAAUUCCCUUAGUCCGCUAAUGUUGUAAAGUCCAGCAGACAAAAGGUCUAGCAGUCUGACUGAGAGGCCAGAGAAGAGAAAUGAAAGAAGAAAAAACAAAUGGCCUGAUUAUCGAGUUAAUGAGGUUGCACUUUACUUUUUCAGGAGUGGGGGAAAAAAAAAAAAAAAAAAAAAGUGGACAAAUAUUUUGUGCGUGAGAAUAAGUUGUGUGCGUAUGUACAGUAAGUGCAGGCAUAAUAGUGUGUGUGUUUUAAGUGUGUGUGCAUGUGUGUGAGUAUGUUAAGAGUGCAUGUAUGGUUUUUUGGAGGCAAUAUUUAAAAAAAAAAAAAAAAAAAAAAUUCUGUGGUGAAGGUCCUGCUGCCUUGACGCCUUUAUGAGUUUGAUAUGUGCAGUGUUUUUUUGUUUCUUUCCUGGAGUCUUCCAUCCAGGAGAGAGUGCCUUAUACAGUACAGGAACAGCUUUUAUUGUAUACUGUAUUUAUAUUGCAACCAACUAACUUCCAGAUUUACCAGUCAUUCCCAGUAUUUUGUGCAAUUCCAUUUUAAACGCACACUCAGGGCCAGGUAGCUGCUCUGACUUGCCUGUGUUUGAAGACUAGCCUUGGGGGUGUUCAACAUGAGGCACUCAUUCAUACGAUGACAGUUGCAGACUGAAAUUGGCCAGUGGCCUUUCCACACAAUGUUAGCAUUGUCCUGUGCAUUGUAAAUACUACUGAUGACUGCGUCAUGCAAAGACAACUUUAUGAAAUCUUAGUUGCUCCUUACUUGCUUAGUUUUCACCGAACACAAACACAUUAAAAAUGAUACAUGGACUGACCUGACAGCACCUUGUUCCCAGAAGGCAAGUUCAGAAAUAUUCCAUUGAUUUUACUGUGUAUAGACCACGCUGUAUUUUCGCUUUACAAAUGUGCAGGAAAAUGUGAGAGGAAGUGAGACACAUACAGGAUGACAGAAUGAGCCCCAUGGAUACAAAACAUACGCAGCUCCUGUUUAUUUAAGGUAGAGCCUAUGAACUGAUCCAUCAAAUGUGUAGCGAUUUUAAAUCAGGCUUAUGAAUCGGAGCUAAAAGCUGUAUUUGUUCUUCAUUUGUCAAGUCAUUUAUAUAGCACAUUUAAAAACAAGAGUUUUUGUGCCAUGAAAAACUACAGAUGGGUGACAAAUUAAAGCAAACCCAACAUAGAAGUACCUUAGUAGUACUGAGCCCCCAGAGCAACUUAUAAUACUUCUCCAUAGCAUUAUUCAAUGAAUCCUUGUUUUUCCUUUCCAUUUGUCACCUGUCUGUACGUCCCCUAUUAAAUUUAGAUUCCUCAUUUCGGGGUGAACAUGUCUGUAUAGUCCUGUAUUUGUCCAUUUCUUUAAGUGUCAAAAGUAUCCUGAAUGCAUAAUGAGGCUUUGCUGCCUGAUGUGAUUUAUGGACUGUUGGUGUUGUAUGAUUAAAGGUAUUUUGAAAUCA